AUGGGUUAUGGAUAUGAUGGAGCAAUUCUUCAAGCACGGGUCCAUUCAUCAUUCUUGCAGCUCAUCAUUCAUAUCGCUCAUCCCCAAGCCUUCGUGUCAGGAAGGAACAUAGUAGAUGGGCCGUUGAUUAUAAAUGAAAUAGUUGGGUGGGCAAAAAAGGCGAAAAAGAAAGUUUUUAUUUUCAAAGCAGAUAUUGAAAAGGCGUAUGACACGCUGAACUGGAAAUUUAUAAUCACCGUUUUAACUCAUAUGGGCUUCCCCCCGAAAUGGAGGAAUUGGGUAAUGGGAAUUCUAUUUUCCGGAAGAGGCUCGGUACUUGUGAACGGGGCUCCGAGUGGGGAAUUUCAAUAUAAGAGAGGACUACGACAAGGAGAUCCCCUCUCACCAUUUCUCUUUAUCACCGCAAUGGAGGCAUUGCAUGUAAUGAUGACGAAAGCAACGGAAACAGGUAAAUUUUUGGGGGUGAAAUUACCAAAUGAGUGUCCGAUGGUGACUCAUAUGCUAUUUGCGGAUGAUUCGAUUUUUGUUGGUGAAUGGGAAGAGAGCAACCUGAAGAACCUUAAAAGAAUACUUAGAUUAUUCUACAUUAUUUCGGGCCUUAAAGUAAACGCUAGGAAAAGUCAGCUGUACGGCAUUGGAGUUAACGAGGAGGAAGUUAUCGAACUGGCAGCGAAUUUCAACUUCAAGGUGGGGAACUUCCCCUUCACAUACCUAGGGUUAAAGGUCGGAGCGAACAUGAAUAGAGUGGUCAAUUGGAAAGAGGUCAUAGAUACGUUUAAUAAAAGACUCUCAAACUGGAAGGCGAGGCUAUUAUCCUUUGCGGGUCGGGCGGUACUCGUGAAAUCGGUCUUAGGCAGCCUUCCAAAUUACUAUUUAUCAUUGUAUAAGUGCCCUAAAUCAGUUAUUAAAAUAUUGGAAGGUAUUAGGAGGAAAUUCCUAUGGGGAGGAUGCAAUACAAACAAGAAAUUGAGAUGGAUUAAGUGGGAGAGGAUUGUAGCAUCAAAAAAAUUUGGAGGACUCGGGGUGGGAAGUAUAAGGGAUAUAAACCUAGCUUUACUCGUUAAAUGGUGGUGGCGGUUCAAAACGGAACCACAUCAACUAUGGGUAAAAGUGGUAGAAGCUAUCCACAAAAAUAGGAGAAAGGUAUAUAUGGUCCCAAAGAAUAAAUAUCAGAAUGGAAUUUGGAAGUCGAUUACUGAUGUGGAAAAGGAUAUGGGUGAAAGAGGGAUCAAUCUGGAAAGAAACUUGAUAAGCAAAGUUGGUAAAGGUGACAAAACAGGAUUCUGGACCGAUGUAUGGUUGAGCGAAAUAGCACUACGGGAGGAAUUCCCAUUAUUAUUCCAGUUAGCAAAAGACAAAAGAUCAAAGGUAAGUAAUUGUUACAAAAUCUGUAAUAACGGUGCGGUUUGGGAUUGGGCUUGGAAGAGAACUCCGUCCACGGAUGAAGAGAAGAAACAGAUGGAUGAUCUGAAUGAGAAACUGAUACAGGUUAGGCUAUCGGACGAAACGGAUGUAUGGGUAUGGAAGAAUGAGAAGGAGAAAAAGUUCAAGGUCAAAAGCGUAAGGAAUACUUUAGCCAAUCAGUUAAACUUGAAUGAAUCAGCCGAAAACUUCGUUUGGAACCAAUGGGCGACAAGUAAAUGCAGCAUGUUUGUAUGGAGGGCGGCUCAAGGAAAGAUUCCAACAGCGACACAAUUGAGAAGAAGAGGUAUACAAGUACCAUCAGCAAUGUGCAAACUCUGUGAUAGAUCGGAAGAAACACCGGAUCACUUAUUGGUCUCAUGUGAAUAUGCAAGCUUGGUGUGGGAGCAGAUCCGAAGAUGGGUGAAAAUGGCAGAUGAAGCGAAACCGGAAACAAUUAAGGAUGUUCUGAACAGUGUAGAAGAAUAUAAGGGACCAAAGAUAAAAAGGAAAGCGAUUCAUGCAGUUUUUACGUUAACACUAUGGUGCAUAUGGAAGAACCGGAACAAUAACAUCUUCAAACAGAAAAGCGAUGAAAUUCACAAGUUAAUCGGAGACAUAAAAGAGGAGUCAUUUCAAUGGAUGAAACAAAGAACAAAGGUGCAAAUAACAUCGUGGGAUGAAUGGAAAUUUUUUACAUGGUGCAAAAACAUGACAACAACAAUCGCCAAGUUUGCUCACUUACAAAUCCCACUCGAAGACGUAGUAAAGGCCACCAACAACUUUCAUCAUGAUAACAUCAUCGGACGCGGUGGAUUGGGACAUGUAUACAAAGGACAACUCCAGCGGUCCGGGGAGUUGAUCACGAUUUCCGCGCUGAGGUUAGAUCGUAAGCACGGUGGAGGAGUCGUCGAGUUCUGGACCGAAGUUUCAAUGCUCUCUGAUCUCAAGCAUCCAAAUAUAGUCUCUAUUGUCGGAUUUUGUGAUGAAAAGCAUGAGAAGAUCAUUGUGACCACGUAUGAGGCCAAAAAUGGAAGUGUCAAGGAGCAUCUAAGCAACCCGAACCUCACAUGGACGCAAAGAUUAAAGAUAUGUGUAGGCGUGGCUCGUGCAUUGAGUUACCUCCAUUAUGACCAGCGCCGUGGCUAUGGUGUUAUACAUCUUAACGUCAACAGCUCCACAAUUUUAUUAGAUGAGAACUGGGAACCCAAGUUAUCCGGUUUUAAAGUUUCCAUCAAACAAUCCCUUAACCGAAUGGACCAGGUCGUCCUCUCUGAACCUAUUGGCACAAUAGGGUAUUUGGACCCAGAAAUUGGAAAGACCAAAGGGGUGACCUGCAAGUCGGAUAUCUACGCAUUCGGUGUUGUUUUAUUCGAGAUAUUGUGUGGGAGGAGAGCAUAUAUUAGGAACGAUGCUAAUAGGUUACUAGCUGCAUUGGUCAUGCAACAUUAUGAAAACGACACGUUGCCAGAUAUAAUCCAUCCCGAUCUAAAGAAUCAAAUGUCCGGAUACCAAAUAUCCGUAAGAUCACUCAGAACAUACUCAGAAACGGCAUAUUCUUGCUUAAAGGAAGAGCGAUCACAUCGCCCACAUAUGCUCAGUAUUGUUAAUAAACUUGAGAAAGCAUUGGAGAAAGCAUUGAGGUUUCAACCACGCCCUGAAAAUUUUGGAAAUAACUUGGAACACUUGAAGAUUGAGCUUGAUGAUAUAAAGUUUGCCACCCAUAAUUUUGCAGUCACAAAUAAACCGAUCUCUGGCGAUUGCUAUACUUGGUACCCAAUAGAACUCGGCCAUUUUGAUAAAGAAAACCCUUCUUUCAUAGAAGGGAUACGUAAAAGUAAACUAUUUAAGAGACACAACGCAAUUGUUAUAAAGCGCUUCCUUCCUAAAGUUGACCAGCUCGAAGAAGAAUUAUUUUUCACAGAACUUGAAGUGCUUGCUAGUGUUAAGCAUCACAACAUAGUCACUCUAAUAGGAUUUUGUGUUGAAGGUUUUGAGAGGAUACUUGUCACAGAGGAUUUUUCUAAUGGAUCACUUGGUGAUUAUUUGGGUAACGCAAAAAAAAUGCAUAAUUUGACUUGGGAAAAACGUUUGAAAAUCUGCAUUGACGGUGCGCACGCACUGAAUUACCUUCAUUAUGAGAUGGCAGAUAAAAAAUUGAUGAUACACAGUGAUAUAGAUCCUUUUAGAUUUGGGUUGUAUGAUAAUUGGAGGGCAAAGAUCGAAGACUUUGAGUUGGCAGUAUUCCUGCCUCCAAAUCAAAAAGACGAAGCUCUAUGUAAAAGAACAUAUUUUGAGUCAAAGUGGCACGUGGAUCCAGAAUUUGCGAAGACCGGUAAGCUAAAAAGAGAGUCGGAUGUAUAUAGCUUUGGAGUAGUUAUGUUUGAAAUUCUAUGCGGAAGAAGAGCUCAGGACCAAAUUUACCUUAAGCAGAGUGAGAAAGGGCUGGUUCAUGUUGCAAGACAAAACUUCUCCAAUGGGACAAUAGAGGACAUCAUAGAUCCUAUACUAAAGGAAGAAACGAGUCAUAGGCCAAUUGGAGGAGCCAAUAAGGAUUCUUUGUACACAUUUUUAAAAGUUGCAAACCAGUGUGUGGCGGAGAGUCAAGACCAACGUCCAACAAUGAAAGUUGUUCUUAAUGAACUUGAGCAAGCAUUGGUCUUUCAAGUAAGUCAGGAGGAGCAAGUACAGGAGCCAAAUAAGGACCAAGUUGUAGACGAACUUCAGAUAACAACUUUUCAAGUUCCUGUGGGGAAGAACUUGGAACACUUGAAGAUUCCUCUCACUCAUAUUCAAUCAGCAACCCAUGAUUUCUCAAACCAAUACAGAAUUGUAAAUUUCUCAGCUGGCUGUGCUUUGUACAGAGCAGAACUCGAGCAUUAUGAUAAAGAGAAUCCAUCAUCCACUGUACUUAUCAAACGCUACCCCCCUUCUGGAAGUAAGUCGUAUGGAGAAAAAGAGUUUCUCACAGAAAUAGAAAUUCUUUCCGGUGGAGUUCAUCCCAACAUAGUCACUCUGCUUGGAUUUUGUUUUGAAGAGUCUGAGAUGAUCCUUGUCAUUGAAGAUUUUUCUAAUGGAUUUCUUAUUGAGUAUUUGGGAAACUUAAAAGACAAGCGUAUUUUGACUUGGGAGAAACGUUUGAAAAUUUGCAUUGAUGUUGCACACGCAUUGAAGUACCUUCACUAUGAGAUGGAAGACCAGAAGAUGAUAAUACACCGUGAUAUAUGGAGCUACAACAUUGGGUUAGACGAGAAUUUUGGGGCAAAGAUUUUUAACUUCUGGUGGGCUGUAUUCCUGCCUCCAAAUCAAGAAGACGACGAAGCUCUCUAUCUCAAUUGGAUUGGCAGAACGUCACACACAGAUCCUGAAUAUGAGAAAAAACUUAAGGUAAAAAGAGAAUCAGAUGUUUAUGGUUUUGGAGUAGUCAUGUUUGAAAUUCUAUGUGGGAGGUUAGCCCUUGACCCAAUAUACCUUAUGGAGAGUGACAUAGGGCUGGCCCAUGUAGCAAGACGAAGCUUCAGUACAAGAUCACUAGAAGAGAUGAUAGAUCCUCAAUUAAAGGAAGAAAUUGGUGAAAACAAAUUUGUUCUAAAUAGAGGAUCCAACAAGGAUUCUUUGCACACGUUUAUUUCAAUUGCACACUUAUGUGUGGCGGAAACUCAAGACCGACGCCCAACAAUGAAAAUCGUAGUCAAGGAACUUGAGAAAGCAUUAUUCUUUCAAAACAACAACAAGGAUAACCCCAAAAUGUCACUUGAAGACAUAAAACGGGCGACACAAAACUUUCACGAUGACAAUUUCAUCGGUGGGGGAGGAUUUGGUAAAGUCUACAAAGGAAACCUUCAAGAUGGAGAUGGAAUUAAAACCAUUGUUGCAAAGCGAUUGGAUACAAGGUUUGGUCAAGGAGAACAACAAUUCUUUAGUGAGCUCCAAAUUCUUUUGGAGUAUAAACAUGAGAAUGUCAUUCGUCUUGUAGGCUACUGUGAUGAAACUGAUGAAAAAGUCCUUAUCUAUGAGUAUUUGUCCAAGGGAAGUCUUGAUAGGUAUUUGAAUGAUACUUCUCUUACAUGGGUGAAACGACUUAAUAUAUGCAUUGAUGUUGCAAGAGCGUUGGAUUUCCUACACGGAGGAGUAGGAAAACAAGCAAAGGUGAUACAUAGGGACAUCAAAACUGAAAACAUCCUGUUAAAGAAUGAUUGGAAAGCAAAACUGGCUGAUUUUGGGCUUUCGCUAAUAUGUUCAAUAAAUCAGGAAACAGACUAUAUCAUCGAUCAUGCGUGUGGCACAAGAGGAUACGUGGACCCACUUUAUAGACAAUCGGGAUUCCUUACCAUAGAAUCCGAUAUUUACUCGUUUGGUGUUGUUUUAUUUGAGAUUUUGUGCGGGAGAUCAACGUUUGCAAUCCACAAACAUGAGGGUCACUAUCUACCGGAUUUCAUUAAAAACAAAUUUGAAGAAGGAAAGCAUGCUGAGGUGGUGUUCGAACAAAUCAAGGAACAAAUCGUGCCGCAAUCGUUGACUACAUUUCAAGAGAUUGCCUACCAAUGCCUACAUCUUGAUAGAGAAAAACGACCGGCAACAAAAAAAGUUUUAAUGCAACUUAAGAAAGCAUUGGUAUUUCAAAACAUGGCAUCAACAAUGAACCAGUUUGCUCACUUAGAAAUCCCACUUGAAGCUGUGGCGAAGGCCACCAACAACUUUCAUCAUGAUAACAUCAUCGAACAUGGUGGAGUUGGUAUCGCAUAUACAGGACGACUCUUGUGGUCUGGGAGGUUGGUGGAGAUCGCUGCACGGAGAUUUGAUUGUAAGCAUGGGGAUGGAGACCUCGAGUUCUUGGCAGAAAUUUCAGCGCUUUCUGAUCUCAAGCAUAAAAAUCUGGUCUCUAUUAUUGGGUUUUGUGACGCGAUAGAUGAAAAGAUCAUUGUAACCACGUAUGGGGCCAAUGGAAGUCUAGGCCAGUAUCUAAACAGCCUGAACCUCACAUGGAAGCAAAGAUUGUGGAUAUGUCUAGGUGUGGCUCGUGCGUUGAGUUACCUACAUUAUGACAAGGGACGUGAUUAUGCUAUUCUACAUUGUAACAUCAAUAGCAACACAAUUUUGUUAGACAAUAACUGGGAAGCCAAGUUAUCCAGUUUUGAAUUUUCCAUCAAACAAUCACUAAACUAUAAGGACCAUGUGUGCCCUUGUGAACACGCUGGCACAAUGGGGUGUAUGGACCCAGCAAUCGAAAAGACGGGAGGUGUGACCCACAAGUCGGACAUCUACUCAUUCGGUAUUGUUUUAUUGGAAGCAUUGUGUGGGAGGAAAGCAUUAAUUCAGAACGAGGCAGAUAUGUCUCUAGCUCAGAUGGCCAAGUAUGGUUAUGAAAAUGGUACAUUGCAUGAUAUAAUCCAUCCUCAACUUUUAAAUCAAAUAUUGUCUCCACAAUCACUCCUCAUAUACUCAAAGGUAGCAUAUUCUUGCUUAAAUGAGGAUCAAGCAGACCGCCCAGAUAUGCACUAUAUUACGGCUAAACUUGAGAAAGCAUUGGAACUUCAAUUGCGUGGUGAAAAUAUUCUAUUUUUGACUUACAACCUCUUUAAACAUGCUAUUUGUUAA